AUGUACGGCAAGAUCGCUUCCACCGCCUUUGGCCUUUUGGCCGUCGCCAACGCCCGUCCUGCUCCCCAGGUCACGCCAGCAUUCACCGACGUGGUCCACAGCGUGACUCCCAGCGCGAGCAUCGCUACCACCACCACAGCCGCUGUGACGCCCGCAUUCACCGAUGUUGUCCACAGCGUGACUCCUAGCUCUAGCUCCAGCGCACUCACCGUUGGCGGAACCAGUGUGCCCGCCACCUUCACCAGCUUCCCGACCGGAGGUGUGUAUUCGGGCAACUCCUCUCACGCCGCCAAGUUCCCGCUGCCCAAUGGCUUCCCCAACAUCGCGAAGGGCUCCCCACAGCUCACCACCCUCGAACAGCAGGCUCACGGUGAGCUGUCGAACGGAGCGGCACCAACCAACCUCCACCCAGAUACCGUCAACUCGCUCGCCUUCAUUGCUUUCAACGAGCUGUUCGAGGUCUCGUUCUUCACCCAGCUCGUCGACAAGAUCGUCAAGUCGGCUCCGGGCUUCACAUCCAAGGACAUUCCCGCGGACCGGGACACUGUGUUGGCUGAUCUCAAGGUCAUCGUUGCGCAGGAGGAACUCCACGCCCUGAAUGCCCUCGGCGCAUUCAACGCGAACACUGGCAAGACCGUCGCUCCUUGCACGUACAAAUUCCCAGUCAAGACCUUCUCGGAGGCCAUCGCCCUCGCUUCCAAGUUCACCGACGUUGUCCUGGGCACACUGCCAGACAUCCAGACUGUUGCUGCCGAGAACAUGGACAUCGGUCUCGUCCGCGCUGUCGGCUCCGUCGUCGGCCAGGAGGGUGAGCAGAACGGUUUCUUCCGCUCUCUGAGCGGCAAGGUCCCAUCCGAGCUCCCCUUCUUGACCGCCAGCGCCCGCAACUUCGCCUACAACGCAAUUCUCCAGAACUUCGUCGAGCACUGCCCAUCCGAGACUAUCGACCUCCUGGAGAUGCCAGCCGCUGGCACGCCCCUCAACGAGACUGGUGUCCUGAACGUCCUUACGACGAAGCUCGGCCUCGAGGACGUGACCGCCGCCUUCUCCAUCCAAACCGUCGAUACGGCGAACACUGAAGCCUACUACAAGUCCAAGAAAGGCUCUCAGCUGUACAUUACCUACAUCAACCAGCAGAACACUCCCAUCUCGUACAAGAUCUCCGACCUCAGCUUCUCGGCCGGCGCCAUCCACUUCAAGGCUCCAUUCAAGGGCAAGACGGACUUCCUCAACGGUCUUACCAUUGCUGCUGUGACGAACAAGGAUGAGAGCAUGUCUGACGUGGACACCGUCGCCUCGGACAUGAUCUUUGGGCCAGGUUUGAUUGAGGUCAACUAA